UAGAGGACAUUUGAUUGGUUAAUUUUUCUCCGACGGUCCGUUUGUCUUAUGUACUUGUUGGAACAACGCGGAAGCUGAAUAGCUGAGAUCUCGCAUCGGCCAUCGGGGAUGAGUACCAGCGUGCGUAAGAUCAGCAUAGCCUCCGAGCCUGACCAGCCCUUUUUUCUGAGGUUAGACUGGGCGGACGACCUUGGCGCAGGAUUUGUGGUCGUUCUGUGCGAUGGCACGUUUGCUUGGAGCGGAGAAGUGUCUGAAGACGAUGUGACCCGGGAGGCCCAGGAGCUGGAGAUGCAGAGGGAGAAGUAUGUGCAGGACCUCCACCUGGCCUUGGUUGGAGGUGACCAGAUAGGGGACUACAGCUUCCACCUGUCCCCCAGCCAUGCUCAGGGUGGGGCUGUCCACCUGUCCUACGAGAAAGUGCUGAAAGACUUCUCAUUUAAGCUUGGCGUUGUGGAACUGCAGACCGUUCCAGAUCCAGUGGACGUAAUCAAGGACCUCAUCAGCCAUGGUCUGGAGAGAAGCACUGAGCUUCAGGCCAGAAACAUGCAGCUGCAGGAAGAGAAUCAGCGACUGAGACAGGAACAGGAGCACAUCACCUCCGAGUUAGAGAGGUAUGUCCAGGGCAAAGAGGUCCUGGAACGAGAGCUCUACACUCGCUUUGUCUUAGUGCUUAAUGAGAAGAAGGCGAAGAUCAGAAGCCAAAAGGAGAACAUUGAGAAGUUGCUGGAGGAGCUGGAAAAGAAUGCGCUGAGGAGGGAGGCUGAUCUGGCAAAGGGCAGGGCUCCUUCAGAGAGUGCCGGGAGUCCAUCCAGAGUGGGCGACACCUACGAGGGCAGCACAGAUGAAGAGCAUUCUGGGAGCACCCACUCACCUCCAGCGCCGGAGCGGCCCAUGGAUGAAAAACCAGCCUGUACCUCCUUUGAUGACAGCCUGACUGACAUUAUUGAUGUCGCACCUUGUCGCAAACGUCGACAUCGGCAUCUGCAGAAUCCCCGGGUAGAAGUCGAGAAGUUAUCUGAAGAGAGACGAGAAAGGAAAAGGAAGGAGACAAAACAAGAUCCACUUCUUAUUCGGGAAGAAGAAAACGCUGCAGCCAAAGCCCGGGUUGAUCCUGAGGCAGAUGACCUGUUUGAUGACUUCUAAGGAAUGUUUGUACAAAGGAGAUGUGGAUUUUGUAACUGUACUUUCUUUGUCUAUUGAUUAUCUGUGUAAUCCAGGUUACACCUGAUAAAAAAAUGAAUGCUAAAUUUAACAAGUGUGUGUGUGUGUGUGUGUGUGUUUUUUUGUAAAGGAAUCAUAUGUUAAUGAAUUGUGCUCUAUAUUGUGUUGAUUAAUGCUUAUUCAUCUUCCAGCUGCUUGUCUAGUACAGGGUUGUGGGAUUAAUUCUUAGUACUGAAGAUACUUUCAUUGUUUGUUAUAAUCGUAUGUUGCAUGUUGCCUCCAAGAUUUAACCGAUGUGAAAUGAAGCAUGCAAAAUGACAUUGGAUGAUUUAGCUGUUUAUUUAAUAUGUAGUAGGUACAAUUUUUUAAAAAGAAGAAAACAUGCUGCAAUCAUACUUACUGUUGGUUGCAUAAUAAAUAAUGACUUCAUGCCAAGUGACCAAACUUCAAUGCCACACAGAAGCCUUUGGUAUUCAGUGAGUUCUGCAAGUCCAACAUUACUCUGGUUUCCAGGGAACAGGGCUUUAAUGAAAAUGUAUUGCUCAUUCUAGAUGAGGUUGAAAGGGUCAUUUCUUGACCUAAAUAUCAUACUUCCUAUUCUGGGAUUAGGAACUGAUCCUGUUUCAUACAUCACCGAUAUACCAGAAUUCGUCAGGGAGCAGGCUGUUCUGUGUCUAAAAGUUGCCAUUGGAGUUAAUUUUGUCUUGGAAUUAUACAGAUACAUUGUGGAAUUGUGGAAAUGUCUGUGCCUAUGUGGAUUCAGUUCACAAAAAUCUAACAUCAAAUUUUCAAGCACCCAACACCAGCUCUUGACGUGACGAAGACUUAUGUUAGACUGCUUAACCAGGGAAAGGACAUUGCUAAGUUAAAGAUAAAGUUUCUCUCAAAUAAAUUUACUCUUCUAUAACCAUUAGCGUGUCAGCACUAAUAGCUUUUGUUUUUUAAGAAAAUAACUAAAUGGCUGGAUCGUUAUUUACUGAAAACACAUUGGCUAAUAAAUGAGUAAUAACAUAAAAAUUAUCAUCUGUAACACAGACAGGCCAACAUUUAGCAGAUUUAACCCACUCUGACUGGAUGUGUACAUAGUAGAUUUAUAAUACUGGAAGAUUCCACAAUGACUCAGAGGUAAAUGCUGACUAUAAAUUAUAUUUUACUGAAGUGGAAGUAGGCCUACGUAGGAACAUAGGCCUACGUAAAAUCCCCUUACCAGGACCGGUUAUGUAUGAUUUUUGCAUGUUUGCCAAGAACAGCAUGCACCUCACUAGGUUUCAUUUUUUGUCACAUAAACUUCCGAUUAUAACUGUCAAGUAAUGCAUUCCCUUUUAUUCAGAAAAAAACAUGCACAGAUAGAAUGUAAUCUUAAUAUCUUAAGAGAAACGUUGACGGAUCUCAAUUCAAUUCAAAAAAAUUUAUUUGUCCCUGAGAGGCUAUUUAAAAGGCAUAGAGAUAUAUUACAACGGAGGAUGUAUUUCAUUGCAGAGCUGAUUAUAACUAAGCCAAAAGAGCCCUAAAUAUGUGCUGGUGGCACCAUUUCAUCCUAAGGCUUAUGAAAAACAAUAAUACAGGGGGAUGCAUUAUAUGACAAGCCCAAUUUUCUAGUUGCCGAGAUUUGCAUCAUCACCCAUUUUUCCAGCCAUGAUGCCUGAAGCGUAUCUGAAAUUUUCACUGUUAAGCCAAAACUGCCUAAAACACAUGCUGGUAACUCCAUUUGAUUCAAAAGUGUGUAAAAACAAUGGAUUGUUUAAGCUGACAUCAUUGUCAAAGUACGCAUAAACGUAAAAGAAGGGGCGUCCAUAUUACCAGGGAAAGUGUUAGACAAUCAUGACUAUCGACUAUCGUGUGUUUGGCUGUAGUAACAACCAUAAGAAAAAAUCCAAAUCUACGCAUAUUUUUGUAAAAAUAGGCAAAGAAACAAGAACUAAUAGGAAGAUAACAAAGUUUUAUUAAAAACCAUCGAUCGAAAGAACUUGAAUGACGAUACUGUCAGGAGUGGUAGGAUCUGUGUCCUGAACAUUUCCUUACAGGCAGGUUAGAUCCACACAAAUGUACUUUUUUUUUACAUAAAUAUAUUUCAAACUACAAUUUAUCUUUCAGGAAUAAUAUGCGAAGUCAGUCAAAAAUAUGAUGCCGAUUAUUGACUACAUCAUAAGCAGUUAAGGUAUGUAUGUACCGGUGCCUUCCAUAUUAGGGGUAUAGAAGUGUCAUAAUUGAUGAUGAAAUGUUAAAAACAUCCUGUACUCCCUAGUGAGUUUUUAUCUGUAAUAUCUUGAAAUAAAAUUAAUACAAUUCUUA